AUGGCAGCGAAAUCCGACGGUCGGGGGGUCGUCACCGGUUUCGCCCAGCUGCACAACCUGGACGAGACGGUGGGGGGGAGCUGCGAGGACGACCCGCGGCAGAGCAGCUCCUUCCACAUCUGCCACUGCUGCAACACCUCGUCGUGCUACUGGGGCUGCCGGAGCGCCUGUCUGCAUUACCUCUUGGGCAAGGGGAGAGACGUCAGGCGGCCACCUCGCGAGGAGCGCCUGUGGUUGGACUGCCUGUGGACGCUCGCGCUCCUCGUCUUCUUCUGGGACGUGGGCACUGACUUAUGGCUCGCGCUCGACUACUACAUCAAGCAGGACUACCUCUGGUUCGGACUCACACUGUUCUUCGUGCUGGUGCCGUCGGUGCUCGUCCAGAUCUUGAGCUUCAGGUGGUUCGUGCAGGAUUACACGGGGGGCGGUUUGGGCUCCGUGGAGGGUCUCAGCAGCAGCCGGAGGGCCACGACGGGCACGAGCGCAGGGGGGUACGGCAGGGCCAGAUGCUGUCGCGCAUCAGUGUGGGUCUGGCAGACGCUCAUACACAUUCUCCAGAUGGGACAAGUGUGGAGGUACAUCAGAACAAUGUAUCUUGGCAUCCAGAGCCGCAGACAAAAGGAGAACCAGCGACGCUUCUACUGGGCCAUGAUGUUUGAGUAUGCCGAUGUCAACAUGCUCCGUCUACUGGAGGCAUUUCUGGAAAGCGCUCCACAGCUGGUUCUCCAGCUCUGCAUCAUGAUCCAGAAGAACCGGGCCGAAACUCUGCAGUGUGUGUCAGCGGUUGCAUCCCUCCUCUCUCUUUCCUGGGUUCUGGCCUCGUACCACAAGCUUCUGCGUGAUUCCCGUGAUGACCAAAAGAGCAUGAGCUACAGGGGAGCGGUGGUGCAUCUUCUAUGGCGUUUCUUCACCAUUUCUUCUAGGGCGCUAUCUUUCGCCCUCUUUGCCUCAGUUUUCCACAUCUACUUUGGCAUUUUUGUGGUGCUGCACUGGUGUGCCAUGGCCUUCUGGGUAAUCCACGGAGGCACCGACUUCUGUAUGUCCAAGUGGGAGGAGGUGCUAUUCAACAUGGUGGUAGGCGUAGUCUACGUCUUCUGCUGGUUUAACGUCAAGGAGGGAAGGACCCGAUACCGCAUGGUGGUUUAUUAUUUGCUGGUGCUGGUGGAAAAUACCAUCCUUACUGCUCUGUGGUACACCUACAGAGACCCGGUCACUACCGACUCCUACGCUGCAUCCGCCCUCUGUGGCGUCUUCCUGUGCUUUGCCUCAGGAGUGGCCUGCAUGGUCCUCUACUAUGGGGUCCUGCAUCCUAUGGGGCCCCGGAUGAGGGUGCUGGCCAGUUCCUGCUGUGCUGAGCUGCUCUGGGGCCUCCCCUUACCACCUGAGGCCGAGCCCAUGGCACCCACUCCAGGGCAUCGGGGCUCCCAAGCCACCCCGACCAGGGGUAUGGCUUCAGGGGACUACGGCGAGCCGGAGGAGGCUGCCACAGACACUUGUCUACCGGUGUUCCAGGUGAGAUCCACAGAACCCACCGAUGCGGCAGGUCGGCCCAUCCCCCCCGAGGGGCCCCUCAUCAAGAUCGACAUGCCCAGGAAGCGCUACCCAGCCUGGGAUGCUCACUUUGUGGACCGACGUUUGCGGCGAACCAUAAACAUCCUCCAGUACAUCAGCCCCAACGCGGUGGGCAUCAGGUACAGGGAUGGACCCCUCCUCUACGAGCUGCUCCAGUACGAGUCCUCCCUGUGAAGGCAUGCAAUGCUGUUCCUUCUCUACUCUCAUGCCCUCUCUGGUUCUCCACUUCCCUUGGUGCUUUUUUCUUCAGAGUUUUUAUUUAGUUGUACUCUUAAGCUAUAAGAGUGCAUCUAAAAGAGUCUAAACAGAGAAUAUUCAACAUAUAUUUUGACUAACACAGUGUAGAGUUGGAGAACAGAUAGUUCGAAAUACAACAUUCCCUAAUUUGGGUUACUAUGGUGUGAAAGUUUAGCUAAUGUGUAUGUUUGAUGGUGUUUGUGGCCCUGUCGUCUCUGACAUGUGCAUGAUGGGAAUGAUGGAGGAACAUAGUCUUUAGCAUCCUCAUUCUGAUUUUGCUUUUACCAUUUUGUGCCUACAUUUUUCCCAAACAGUUGUGGUGACAACUGAUCUUAAAGAUGGCAAGUGAGUCAAUAUCAGCCAGACACUAAAAAGCACAUUUGAUUGUCAGAAAAAGCACAUGAUGCCCCACUCCUUUUCUCCUGUGAUUAAGGGGGAAGAGACUUGAAAUUGUUGUCAAAUAGCGCCAAAAAGGUACAAUCGCUUUUUUUUUAAGUAAAAUGCAAUGAUGUCAUUGGUGCAAAAUUUUGGUGUUGGCCUACGAUAUAACACUGCCACCACAAUUUUGAUCAUCAAGGUCCUUAAUAUUUAUCUUAACAUGUCUUUUCCUACUGAAUCUCACUAGUGAUGUGAUAUCUACAGCUCUGUAAUCUGAAAGAGCUGAAUAUUUGAUUUAUUUAUUUAUUUAUUUUUACAUAUGGCCCACUAUUUUUUUAACCCAUCUAUAGUAUGUGAAAAUGCACUUUAUGACCAUUAGAUUGAAUGAAUGGGACAUAUUUUCUUACACUACUCUAUUAUUCAAAAGUUUGGGCUUAGUACGAUUUUUUUUUUUUUAGAAAAAAAAGGAUGCAUUCAAUUUAUGAAAACUAACAAUAAACAGUAAAUUUUCUAUUUC